AUGACGGUUCCCACCGAGACCUUGUCCCCUCCUUCGGGGAAGAAGUCCCUCAUUCUCAAUGCCUUUGUAGAGAUGUGGAAAUACUUCAACGUGCCGGGACCGCAUCUGUGCCAGCCCAGUCCCCAGCGUACCCCGGUCAUAUUGCAGGCCGGAACCUCCAAAGCCGGAAAGACGUUUGCCGCUCAGCACGCGGAGGCGAUCUUUGUCGCCGGACAUAGUCCGGCGGUGGUAGCCAAGAGCAUUGCCGAGAUUCGCACCCUGGCACAGGAGCAGUUCGAGCGCGAUCCCCAAAGUAUCAAGUUCCUGGCGCUGCUGUGUCCCCUGCUGGGCCGGACAGAGGAGGAGGCUCGGGAGAAAUUCCAGUCCUACCGCCGUCUAGGGUCGAUUGAUGGGGCAUUGGCGUUGUUUGGCGGCUGGACGGGCAUCGAUCUGGAUACUUAUGGCGAUGAGGAGGAGCUGCGCCAUGUGGAAAGUAAUGCCAUUCGAUCCGCCGUCCAAGGCUGGUCCAAGGCUACCCCCGAAGUGGCCACAUGGACCAAGUCGACCGUCGGACAGCACAUCACCGUGGGAGGACUAGGUGCCACACCGGUCGGUACAGCCGAGCAGGUGGCAGAUGAGAUGGACCAUUGGGUCAGAGAGGCCGACGUGGAUGGGUUCAACCUGGGGAACAUAUCGGGAGAAUCUGUAUGGGAAGCCCGGGCAGAAGGGGCCACCGGACGAUCAUCCGGCUUCGAAAUAUCGCUGGCGUGCGGGCGUUGA